AUGGACAGAAAGCGCCAGCCUCUUGGAAUAGCUGCUAGUCAUAGAAAAAGAGCAAAAGAAGCACAAGAAAAAGUUAAUGAGGCUUUACCUAAUGGUUGGAAGGCGAAAGCACUAUUAGAUUUGGCACAACUUGCAAGCGAAGGAGUAGAUAUUGACAUUGAAGGAUUGAUUGAAAUUGAUACAAAUUUUGAUAAGAAUUUAAAUAAUGAUAAGGACAUUUCUUAUGUGAAUAAGGAGGCAUUUGAUGAUUUAGAUGGUCCAGUGUCAGGUUUAAGCGCGGAAUUGACGGAUUCAUUUAUUUCAACGACAUUUUUAUUGAUAGAUGCAGCUAUUAAAUGCUGCAAUGCUGGGUUAAAGGCAGAUCGACCAAUAAAUAAUGAAUCAUCUAUUGAAGAAAUGGAUCCAGCAUCUAUUCAGUGUCUUCGUGGUCAAGCUAAGCUUACAAGACUUAUGCAUCAGCCUCAACGAUGUUAUGAUCUGAUUAAACCGACAUUAAAAAGUGCGAUGAAAGAUCUAGAUGCAUCCAAUUCGGUAGAGAUUUAUCGUACAAUUACUCCUUUGUUCCAUUGGAUUGCAAGGAUCGGGGAUGAAUGUAGUGAAAAUGUAGAAAAAAAGAUGAUCAAUGAUUGGAUUGCAUCAAAAUGGCAUCUAUUAUUGAAGGAUAAUGAAUCUGAUGUAGAAGCAUUGGAAGGGCUAGGAUUUAUUGAAUUAUCUAUGUCAAACGCCUAUCUUGAACCCAUUGAAGAAAUGGGAGAAAUAAAAGAAGAAACCGAAGCAGUGAUCCAGGCAGAAAUUCAUUUAAAAAAUGCCAUCGAGUAUUUUAUGAAGGCAUAUGAUAUACAAAAAGCGAAUGGUAUUUCAGAAAAUUUAUUUAUGAUGCUAGCUGAAGCAAAAAUAUCAUUGGCAAAUUUGAAAAGUAAAGAUAAACAAUCAGAAGAAUAUAAAAAUGUAUUGAAACAAUUAAGAGAGAUUGGUUUAAAUCAAUCUGGUCAAUUGCCAGAUCAUUUUCAGGAUAUUUUAAAUGAAUUUGAUACAUUGUAA